UGCUGCCCCUUUUAUUCCAAAUGUUUGGAAGAAUCAGUGUGUACAGAGACGAGUCAUCGUCUCCUUUUGGUUCUUUGGUUCCUUUUGGUUCUUUGGUUCUCUCACAAACAAUAAGUACAACUAACUCCUGCUCUAUCCUCCGUCCCCUAGCCAGAGAUUUUUUUUUUUGGUAUUUUCUGUUUAAUUGGACAAUCAUUAUAGAUAUUGAAUAAAACUAGCCAUUUGCCAUGGUCAUCGUGGAGAUUUCAUCCCUUUUCUUAUUUGCUUCAUGCAAGUUUGCUGGCUGCAGUUCAGUGAGGGUCAGUUCAUGGAGGUCUCAACUAAAGGAAAUGUUUGAAGUCAGGGCUUCUGGAAUUUGGAACAGUCUAGACUAGAGGAACUAUGACAGUAGAGCAUUUGGCUCCCCUUUCAAUCGACGGUGAAGUCAGUUAUCAUUUUAUCAUAUUGUUAUCGGUUUUAACAUGCCAUUUACUCUUUUGCAAUUUGUUUUACUCCAUGAUUUUAUUUGUUGGUAUUUAUUUCGCGCAAGCUUUAAUCAAAUUGAUAUUUGUUAGUUUGGAUGUGCAGUCCUUUUUUUAUGUGAUAUUAAAAUAUUAUUAAUGUCAUUUAUAUUUCAAUCAGGGACGGCACAUUCUAGUUUGAAAUGUGUGUGCAUUAUCAUUAGCUUGAGCAAAGUAAAUGUGUGGAAUUAUAACGCAUUGUAUUAUUUGUAUAUAUUUAAUCGAGAGAGCAAGAGAUAUUUAGUUGCAUAUAUCAACAUUGCAAGUGCACCACUGCUGUGCAAGCGGCGAUGGUCCUUGUUUACAUGAAUCGCAGAGCGGCUCGCCCCUCCCACUCCUCCUCUCGUUUGGUAUGCUGAGCGGUGUGUCUGCCGCCCUGCAAUUUCAGCCUUGUUUAUUAUGGCGCAGACAUAUGAGGAGAGAUGAAUUCCGUAUCCCGAUUGUAUGUGUGUCUGGCUGUCUGUGCGUGUAAGGUCGUAGCACAUGCUCAGUUGUGUUUAAAAAAGAAAAGAAGCUAGGUGGCUACGCUGUGCGUGUAUGCUGAGGUCACAGCACAAGCUCAGUGGAUGCCUCUCCGGAGCGAUUGCUUGGUUCUCCAUUUUGAGCACCUAGAAAUAGGUGGGAGAGGGAGUUUAUAACAGCGCGCGUUUUGCAUAAAGUGUCAACGUCCAACCUUAGAGCUUGAUGUCAGUCAUGGACGAUUUGUUCAGUCCAAGGAGGUAGGUUCGCGAUCCUAUUCUCCUGCUCAGACGUAUUGGUACGCGAGUGUUCGCUCGACUCAUUUGCGCUUCGCAUAUCUGAAUAAAUAAAUGAACAUAGUUUGGAUACGUGUAUCGAUAAACCACACUGUUGCUCUAGAAGUAUUUGUCAGAAAGAAAGAAAGCUGCGAUAUCCUCGUUAUUUCAUAGGCAUUGAGCGCUGAGAAGUCUGUCACUCCAGUGUGUACCGCUAAUGUUACUGCAAAGCCAGCCGUGCGUUAUUUAUCCAUAAAAGCGCAGAUGCAUUUGAGUUUGAAAUGCGUAUCCAUAUAACUUAUCGACAUUUUAAAAGGAUAUUCUUUUGAGGAGAAUCUAACAAACGAUCUCUCUCCAGUUUGCUGUAGCCUCGGUGCUCAUGUUUACAAUUGAGAUGUCAUGGCGUAUGAAGAAAGAGCGUCUUUGUGCAUCCUCAGACGAGAGCAAAUUAAUUAUUCAUAUCUUUAUUAUCACGUCUAUUUUAAAGACGAUUCGUAUAACAGUCACGUGUGAUUACCUCCUAGCUAAGAGUCGAGUCUGUGAGUAUGCGCUACAAUUAUGUUAGUGUGCCACAGACUCUACAAUGAUUGGAUGAAUUUGAUGGAAGGGGCGGUUCUAGCCUUGAUUGCGCAGAAGGAAGUUUAGCAGAUACUUGCGCUUUUGUUUGGGUUAAAUCAUUUAGCAUACCGGCACGUGUUAUUUCUAAGAGUAAAUAAAUACCAACCUAAUAUUUAACUCUGAUAUGGGUCAAAUAUUAAUUGUUUGUGUCCGAAAGUUUUAAACUCUGCUACAUAUGAAGAGUAUAGGCCUAUAUCUUGAAUGGGUUCUACUACAUUUUAAUAGCAACUCCCUAAGAUAAAUACUAUAAACAAUAUUUGCUGUACAUACCAUUUCUAGUCUUCCACGGUAAUGAGUUUUUGGUUUUAAUAUUUUUUUCUCAAGGCAUUUGAGCCCAUUUUAACUUGACUACUUUAAUCAACAAGGCUUGUUUUUGUAAACUGGUGUAUUCUUCCCAGAAGUCUCUGUAUCGCUACUUCUCUUGUGAACUGCUGUAGCGUUCGGUACAGUUUUCUCUCAGAUGGUGUUCUGUGUGUCCUCAUUUGUCAUCCCUUCAAACUCCUGCCAAACACACCAUUGACUUGGCCCACACCAUACCACAACCAACACAUUUCAGAAUACUUUCUACCAUGCAGGGAUAGAGUCAAACAGUUUAUUCAGGCUUUAGUUGAAUACACAUAAGAAAUACAAAUUGUCUUGUUUUUUGCUGUUUCUUGUUAGUGAAGCUGGGGGAUGCAUAAUGGUAUGGUAUUUUCUACUGUUUAUAAUGCUCAAUUUGAUAACUUUAGUCACAUAUUAACAUCACAAUUAAUUGUAUUAAUAUGUUUAGGGGUCCUACGGUCCGUCAGCCAUAUCACAAAUACCACAUGGCAAAUGUUGUACACAUUUGCUUGCUUGGAGAACUUGUAAAAUGAGUAAGAGGCGCAAAGGAUGAACCAGAUUACCCCAUAGGUGGCACUAUAAUCAGCGCUUGAUUGUCAACAUUUUAAAGGGCUGCCAUUUCCACGAGGAAAUAUGCAUGAAACUUUGUAAACAUUCUCCGUCCAGGAUGAACAACUAUCUCACUCCAACCCAUGUGGUCAGACCGCCAAUUGACCAUAACAACCACACAUCCAAAGCCCUUGUUUAUGAAAGCUUCAAACUUGGCCUACAUGUACCAGGGGACUGGGGGACUGUAUGGUGAAUGAUGACGCAUGUAUCUGCUCAUGUUCACCAAGCUUGAUUCUUUCUCAAAAAGUUUCAUGUUUUGGUUAUUGUCCAGUCAUGCCUUUGGAUGUUGGACUACCUUAUUUGUACAGACAUGUGACCAACAGGAUAACGUUAUUAUUACGUGUGGCAGCUUUCCUAGAACCCCGUCCAUGAGUAGCAUUUACACUAAAUCCAAUUAGUAUGUGUGUGUGUAUGCAGUGACAUGAUCACAUGAUUUUGCCAGUGUAAUGACUAUCACAGCCCACUAUGUAUGAACAAACUGCGUCCGAGAAAGGAAUAUAGCCCAGCAGCAACAGACUUGUACAUGCACAGAAGGUCCUAGACUCCUGCACCAAAACAAGCUAUCCAGUCCACACUAGGUGAUUCAUUGUAAACCAUUCUGGAGGUGUCUCAGCAGCAGAACUACUGCAGUAAAUAUAAAUAUUCCCUGGCAGACUGGGAUCAUUUUUUAGAUGCUAUCCGUGUCUUGUCUCCCUGCAUCUGCUAUUGAGUAUCUAUCGAGAGUAAGUAAAGGACUGUCUUCUCCCUAGUAUGUCCAAGUGCAGGGUACAAGGCUAAUGUUUUGGGGAGGCAUGUCAAAUGUGUCCAGCAAAGCCUGUGUUUUUAAAGACCGUAAAGUUACCGGAGGGACAGGGGCUCUAAGGUUUCAGCCAAGUCCCCCCCCUCGGCCAACUGCCAUGAUGGAGGGAGAGCUACUUGGGGUGCAAAUCAUGCUGACAGAUUCUGGGCCGCCCUGUGCUCAGCUGUAUGAAAGUCGGGCUGUUACCUAGGCAACAGGAGGGGAAAGGCUUUUCAAAAGGAACAUCUUGUCAUUUUCUUUAAUCCAUUGCAGCUGGAGAGUCAGAACACUAUUAUUAAAUUGCAGUUGCCAUGGCUACUAACAUUUGCACCGGCAGUCGUAUUUCAGAGGCUUUCUCCCUUCCUCCCUGCAUAGCCCCAGCCAGCCCCCUCACCGCCAGUUAGGGGAAUUCUUGUUUUAUUGCUCCAAGCCUGAGCCAUUGAAAUGUACCCUGACCAUUUUAUCCCACAUGCACGUUCUCCCUUUUGUUUCUUGAUAUUAAAUUAUAAAAUGGAAGGGAGUGUGUGUUUUUCUCACAAACGUUGCUUCCUUUAAGACAAAGAAACCUUGAUAAGAUGCAUCCUUUUCUAUUCCUCAUGGCGACUGAACAGCACUCAAGGGGAAAUAAGAGUGGGCCCCAGUCAUCAAGCCAAGCUCCCGGAGCUGCAGCCAUUCCCCUCUCCCGGCGGCCAGGCUGUGACCGAAAAUGAGGAGCUGGUCUGGAUGCCGGGGGUCAACGACUGUGACCUCCUCAUGUACCUCAGAGCCGCAAGGAGCAUGGCUGCUUUCGCAGGAAUGUGCGACGGAGGCUCAACAGAAGACGGGUGUCUGGCAGCGUCUCGAGAUGACACUACACUUAAUGCACUUAACACUCUCCACGAGAGCAGCUACGAUGCCGGCAAGGCUCUUCAGCGGUUGGUCAAGAAGCCCGUACCCAAACUCAUAGAGAAGUGCUGGUCCGAGGACGAAGUGAAACGCUUCAUUAAAGGCUUGAGACAGUUUGGCAAGAACUUCUUCAGGAUCAGGAAAGAGCUUCUUCCCAACAAAGAAACGGGGGAACUAAUCACCUUCUACUACUAUUGGAAGAAGACCCCAGAGGCGGCCAGCUCCCGAGCCCACCGCCGACACCGUCGCCAGCCCGUCUUCCGGCGCAUCAAGACACGCACUGCCUCCACCCCCGUCAACACGCCGUCAAGACCCCCCUCCAGCGAGUUCUUGGACCUCAGCUCAGCCAGUGAAGAUGAUUUUGACAGCGAAGACAGCGAGCAGGAGCUGAAGGGCUACGCCUGCCGACACUGUUUUAGCACCAACUCCAAAGACUGGCACCACGGGGGCCGGGAGAACAUCCUGCUGUGCACUGACUGCCGCAUCCACUUCAAGAAGUACGGCGAGCUGCCGCCCAUCGAGAAGCCCGUGGACCCUCCGCCCUUCAUGUUCAAACCUGUCAAAGAGGAAGAGGAUGGACUCAGCGGGAAGCAUAGCAUGAGGACCCGACGGAACCGCGGCUCGAUGUCGACGCUACGCAGUGGUCGUAAGAAGCAGACGGGCAGCCCCGAUGGCCGCGCCUCGCCCACCAACGAGGACCUCCGCUCCAGUGGCCGCACCUCUCCCAGCGCUGCCAGCACAGACAGCACGGACAGCAAGACGGACCCCAUGAAGAAGACCAGCAAGAAGAUCAAGGACGAGGCACCUUCACCCAUGAAGAGUGUUAAGCGACAGAGAGAGAAGGGUGCGUCCGACACGGAAGAACCCGACCGGGCCGGCCCCAAAAAGUCAAAGACACAGGAGCUGAGCCGACCGGACUCGCCGUCAGAGUGCGAGGGGGAGGGCGAGGGCGAGAGCUCGGACAGCCGCAGCGUCAACGAGGAGCUGAGCAGUGACCCCAAAGACAUUGACCAGGACAACCGCAGCUCCUCGCCCAGCAUCCCCAGCCCCCGCGACAACGAGAGCGACUCGGACUCGUCCGCCCAGCAGCAGCAGCUCCAGCUCCAGCUCCUACAACAACAACAACAGCAGCAGCAGCAGCAGCAGCUCCUGCAGGCCCAGCAGCACCCUCCAGUCAUCCACUGUCAACCGGGCACCUCCUCAGCCCCCGCGCCCCCCACGUCCUCUGCCCCCCUCAUCCCCCUGCCGCUCCCCCCUACAGCGGCCUCGGCCUCCUCUCUACCUCCCCAGCUUCACCCGCAGGCUGGCCCGCUGUCUCUCAUCCAACCGGGGGGCGCCCUCCAUCCUCAGAGGCUGCCGUCUCCUCACUCCCCUCUGACUCAGCCUCCGGGCCCCCCCCAGUCGUUACCCGGCUCACACCACGGGCCCAUGCCCCCCAUGUCUCACCCUCUACAGGCGGGCCCCUCUGGACACAUGCCCCACCCUCCUCAGGGCUUCUCCCCCAUGGGCCAGCCUCAGCUGCCGCCUUCCUCCAUCGCCAGCCAAUCGCAACCGCGGUCCCACACGCCCCCGUCCUCCUCCCAGGGCAUGGGCCAGCCCCCCCGGGAGCAGCCGCUGCUCCCCGCCCCCAUGUCCAUGCCCCACAUCAAGCCCCCGCCCACCACCCCCAUCCCGCAGAUGGCGAACCCCCAGUCCCACAAACACCCGCCCCACCUCUCGGCCCCUCCCUUCCCCCAGAUGCCCUCCAACCUGCCCCCUCCGCCCGCCCUCAAGCCCCUCAGCUCGCUGUCCACCCACCACCCGCCCUCGGCGCACCCGCCCCCCCUGCAGCUCAUGCCUCAGGGCCAGCAGCUGCACCCCCCUCCGGCCCAGCCCCCCAUCCUCACCCAGUCCCAGAGCCUCCUCUCGUCGUCCUGCCACCAGGCCCCCUCACAGCCGCCCCCCCUGCCGCCGUCGUCGGCCGCUGCUGCUGCACCCCCCGGCUGUGGCCCCCUGCAGUCGCCCUUCCCGUCCCACCCCCCUCACCCCCCUCACCUCCCUCACUCUCAUCCCUCCCUGCCCUUCAGCCCUACCCUGGCCCCCGCCGGCCCUCCCCCAGCCUCGACGAAUCCCAUGGAGCGCUGUCAGCCUCCCUCCGCCGCCUCUUCCUCCUCGUCAUCGUCGUCUUCCGCCCCCUCGUCUUCGUCCAUCUCCAUGCCCCUCCCCGCGUCCGCCUCCUGCACCAGCGGCGGGCCCCCGCUGCAGGCCGUGCACAUCAAGGAGGAGCCCCUGGACGAGAUGGAGGAGCCCGAGAGCCCGCCUCCGCCGCAGAGAAGCCCCUCCCCCGAGCCCACUGUCGUCAACACUCCCAGCCACGCCAGCCAAUCGGCGAGGUUUUACAAGCACCUGGACCGAGGCUACAACUCGUGUUCUAGGACAGACUUGUACUUCACUCCGAUGGCUUCCUCCAAGCUGGCCAAGAAACGAGAGGAGGCUCUGGAGAAAGCCAAGAGGGACGCGGAGCAGAAGAUCCGGGAGGAGAAGGAGAAGGAGAGAGAGCGAGAGAAGGAGCGGGACAGAGAACGGGAACGAGAAAAGGAGGCGGAGAGAGCAGCGAAAGCCUCCAGCUCUCACGACAACAGAAUGGGCGACCCCCAGAUGGGGGGCCAAGGCCACGGGCGGCCCUCCUUCGAGGGGCCCCCCACCACCAUCGCCGCCGUGCCGCCCUACAUCGGCCCGGACACGCCCGCCCUGCGCACCCUCAGCGAGUACGCCCGCCCCCACGUCAUGUCGCCCACCAACCGCAACCACCCCUUCUUCGUGUCGCUCAACCCCAACGACCCCCUGCUGGCCUACCACAUGUACAACGCCGACCCCGGCAUGCGGGAGCGCGAGCACCGGGAGCGCGAGAUGCGGGAGCGGGAGAUGCGCGAGAGGGAGCUGCGGGAGCGCAUGAAGCCCGGCUACGAGAUGAAGCCGCCGGAGAUGGACGGCAUGCACCCCUCCACCAACCCCAUGGAGCACUUUGCCCGCCACGGGGCCAUCAGCCUGCCCCCCAUGGCCGGCCCCCACCCCUUCGCCUCCUUCCACCCGGGCCUCAACCCCCUGGAGCGGGAGCGACUGGCGCUGGCCGGCCCCCACGGCCGGCCUGACAUGAGCUACCCCGAGCGCCUGGCGGCCGAGAGGCUCCACAUGGAGCGGGUGGCGUCGGUGGCCAACGACCCCAUCGCCCGGCUGCAGAUGUUCAACGUCACGCCGCACCACCACCAGCACUCGCACAUCCACUCACACCUCCACCUGCACCAACAGGACCCGCUCCACCAAGGUGGUGGUGAAUGCCUUGUGUGUCCUCCAGGUUCCGGGGGCCAUCCGCUAGCGAUGGACCCCCUGGGAGGAGGACCCCACUUGGCCCGCUUCCCCUACCCACCCGGUGCCAUCCCCAACUCCCUCAUGGGCCAGCCGCAGCACGAACACGAGAUGCUGCGUCACCCCGUCUUCGGGACCCCCUACCCCCGGGACCUCCCGCCCGGCCUGGCGCCGCCCAUGUCGGCGGCCCACCACCUGCAGGCCAUGCACGCCCAGUCGGCGGAGCUGCAGAGGCUGGCCAUGGAACAGCAGUGGCUCCACGGGCACCACCACAUGCACGGGGGCCCGCUGCCUGGCCAGGAGGACUACUACAGUCGACUGAAGAAGGAAAGCGACAAGCAGCUGUAAGGCCCGCCCCCCCCGUUUCCCUGAGGGGGGAGGAGCCUGACUGACAGACACGGAAGGACGUUGUUACGUACUGGUCUGGGGAGGGAGGCGAGAGCUCCUUUGAACACACAUUCAGUCACCAAGCGCAGAGCGGACGAGCGGAUCGUCUGAGAACUGUUUGUUUCGGCUUACGUUCCUGUCCAUGGACCUUUUUUUUUUCAAGACAUUGACUUUCUUUUGGUAUAUAGCCAGUAGUAACAACAUUCUCAAGGCUCCUGCAUGACAAACUUCCUUGACAUUUUUUGUAGGUGCUAGAACAAGACACUGUGCUUAUCAAUGACAACCACGAAAAAUAUUUUAAAAAAAUGAGACCGGUCAGACAGUUUAUGGAAAAUAUACAAGUGCUAUUCUUAAAUUCAACAUUUAUUUUAAUACAUUGUUGGGUUUUUUCAUAAUUUUAAGAAAAGCUACAGCAUGGCAUUUCUGAGUCUGUAAAUAGUAUAUAUAAACAUAUAAUUAUUAUUAUAAUUAUUAUUAUUACUACUAGGUGUGGACUCCAACCCAAGUCGUCUCAGCCUCCAGUACAUUUGUUUUUUUCGAAGCAUUAUCCCUUGUUUCAGAGGGGAGAACCAAGGCAUUACACAGGCAGCCAACCUUUUUAUUGUUGUCCUAUUCCCACCCCCCACUGCGAGAGUCAUGAUUCAAUGUGGACUUAUCUCGUUCAUCCAUCCAUCAACUGGUCCAUCACACACCACAUUGCGAGAGGCACCAGAGUGUCAGACCGGGCGAACUCAGCGUGAGUUAAACUGAAUUGAAAACACUUGAAAAGGUGACGCUGUGGUCACCGGGGUGCCUGUGACAAACACCCCGGGGCCCGACGGGGGAGGAGAGAAAAGACAAAUUGCACUGACAGAACAUCUUUGACCUCCAUCCAUUGGAUUCGAACGCUUCACUCAUAGAGCUGAGAAAUGGGCCGCCACACGUUUUAAUUUCGGACCGAACUGAGGGGUUUACGAGAGGGUUACUCCUCCGGGUCCUUUUAACGCCUGUUCUAUAGAAACAGAUUUUAACAUUUCACCACAACUGCAACUGGAGCCCUAUAAGACAUUUCAGAUGGCUUGGUCCUCAGCCGGUGCCAUAAGACAUGGUGUUGCUCAAACCAAGUUCUGUAUUACGGUUCCCGCCGUCAUGCUUCAUCCUCCAUCCCUGGCUGUUGACUGUGACACUACGGAGCAGAGGGUGGGUGGAGGGGCGGGUGGAGGGCUGUGUCCCCUGCACCCAGGACCCCCAAGAGAGGGACCACCGGCCUCUUCCAUUCCUCUGUGGAGGAUGUGUUGAGCCUGCGUGUGUGUAUGCGUGUGUGUAUGCGUGUGUGAGAUCGCUGACUGUUACAUGUAUGCUCACCUGUCAACCCAGUAUGUGUACGCCCAUGUGUGAUUUCUCUCCGGGCUCCCUGCCUUAGCAUACGUAACAAGGUUUUUGGUGGUCCUUGCGUUGUUUGUGCUAUGCACCAAGAACUAGUUAUCUUACUUUUAUACUUUAUAUUGAUACCCGGUAAACUGUGGCUACACUCGUUUUUUUAUUAUUAUCGUUUAUCCGUGAACGCGUACAGAGGUAGGGCUCUUAUGUUUGGAAGAUAUCACACUAUCUUACGUGUCUGGAAGCUUGCGGACGUAGGCCAGCUUAUGUCCCUUAAUAAUUAAGUCUGGCAAGCCCUGAGAGAAUCUGUUUGUCACUUCAUCUCAGUCAUCAUCUACCCGUCUCUCUCUCUCUCUCUCUGUGUCUCUUUCUCUCUGACUGUCUGUCUCGAUGUCUCUCUCUCACUAUGUCUGUUUCGAUGUCUCUCAUUAUCCUUCCUGCCUCAACCCCCCUGCCUUCCAAGUCCCUCUUUUCGUGUCUCCAAGAAGCUUUGAUGUUAAGUGUUGUCAAUGGUUUAGCUUCUUGUUUCAAAGCGGCAAUAGCAGAAUGUAAAUUCUGACUGCUAAGAUUUAUAUAUAUACUGGUUAUCUUGAAGCUUAUUGUACAUACUAGUAGUUGCCAUGGGAUGACACAAUGUAAACAAAAAGUAGAAAUAAUAAGAACAAUUGUGAGUCCUGUGUUCUCUCCAUUUGAGUAUUUUGUAUUUUUUUUUGGAAAAAUGUGUGGAAUUAAAAUAAAUGACUAAGUUACACCACAUCACAUGAGUUUAUUUAUGUUUUUUAAGUAAAGAGCAGCUUGCUUUGUUGUAGUGAUGAUCAGUAACCGCAUUAGCCAACACCACGAUAUCUGUAUGCUUAAGCGGUUUCACAGUCUUUGUACUGCACUCUAUUUUACCCCCAUCGCUAACCGCAAGGAAAUGUGUUUAAAAGGUCACUUUAUUAUACUACUGCCUGCCAUCAUUCACUCUUGUAAACUUUAUGUGCCUCAAUCCAGCAAAAAAUGUUUUGCAUAUUUUAAAGGCCUACUCACAUAUACCAAUAUUAUAGAUUUGCAUGCUAGUUCAAUAAUACAACGUCUAUUCUGAGAUCACCAUAAAGGCAAAUUAUCAAUGUGUUCUUGUCACCAAUUCCCCCACUUCCCCAUUGCAGAUGUAUUUAUAUUUUCUUUGUGGGACUCGGGUCGGGGGAAAUGGCAGCCCUAGUGCUGCAGGCUGUUUAGUAUAAUAACAUCAGAGCACAGCUAAGCCCGAAGCAACAGCUACUCUGCUGAGAUGUGGAGUGCUAUCCAUUGGCCAGCGCUGUCAUUUCAUCCUGGUUGGGCGAGUGAUAGACCAGCAAUCUGUUAUGAGGCGCCAUUCCGCGAUGGCUGUCAUAGUGCGAGGGAGCCAUUAUUUCUUCUCUGCUUUCUGAAAUAAUGCCCUGUCCUCUGGAGAGAGCAGGAGAAAUGGAGGUUGCUUGUUUGCUCUAUCCCGAGGCUGUCAUGCGACGAGAGGGAGAGGUGCUGCUGCUGCCUAUUGUUACCGGCUCCCCUCGCCUUCCCCGAAAGACACAACAAGACGUCAGAAACAAUGCAGCGCUGUGCUGCUUGAAUAAUUCAUCUUCCGUCCUCCUCGAAGAUGGAGCGACUGUGAUUC